GUGGCCAGAUGGAGAAUUUUUAAGUUCGCUCUUUUUGUUAUCGAUGUUUUCUGGCAAUAGUGCAUUUCACAGGCAACAGCGUAUGGUCACAUCACAAUUUGUUGUUGUCGCGGUCGGAAAAGUGCACGGAGUUACGGUCAGCGCCCGUCGAUUUUCCGUUAAAUACAGCAUUAAAAUUCCAAUACAAAUGCGUGCACUCUUCGCGGCGAAAAAACACCGUAAUUAGUGUAAUCAUCUAAGUGGCUUUUUUCUGUGCACCACAAGCAACAACACAACUACAACACGCAGCUAAAGUACAAAAGUCGUUGUCGCAUUAUUACAGCAAAAAGAAGCAGAGUGGCAUACAAAAUAAAAAUAAUACAGAAAAAAAGUGAAAUUAAGUGUUUUAAAAAAAGAAACCAUAAAAACAUGAACAUGACAUGGCCGCGUCUCGUUUACACAAUAACUCAAAUUUAAUUUAAUAUGCUGGCAAAUGAGCAAAGCGAAAAGCACGCUAAGAGGCCCUGAAUCGCGGAGGAGCUACUAAACGGCUGCUGUUAUCGCCAUGGCCGCCGCUUCUGCUGGCCAGCAACAGCAGCAACAUCAGCACCAGCACAAACUGAAUAUUGCUGGGAGUGCUGAGACAGUGGCCAGCGAGAUGCAUCACCAGCAGCAGCAGCAGCAGCAGCAACAGAUCAACAUGUUCAAGCAGCAGCAGCAAAUGUUGCCGCUGCAUCAACAGCAACAGCAGCAACAUCAUCACUUUUUCCAGCAGCAACAGACAAAAUUUGUAUCGCGGGUCGUUACAAGUGGAUCGAUGCAACAGCAGCAACAUCAGCAGCAUACGCAACAGAUACUACCAGCUGGCUUGGUUAAUGGCAACGGCAACGGCAGCGGCAACAUGAUGCAGGCGUCCAAUCUACAUCUGCAGCAGCAACAUCAACAGCAGCGCUCCAGUCAGCAGCAUAUAUUUGUCUGCCCCACCAACAAUCAGCAAAUCCUGCUGCAACAUCAACAGCAGCAGCAGCAACAACAACAACAGCAACAAACCAAACAGCGCCAGGCGCAAAUAAAGUUGCCAAUAAAGUCAACGGCGGCAGCCACAGUAACGGCAGCAACUGUUGCUGCUACUGGGGCAACGCAUUGCAUGCCGACAACAAUUGCAUCGCGUCAAAUGAGUCAGAACAAUCAGCUCUAUGCGAAGAAUGUUGCCAAAGCCAACAAUGCCAACAGCAAUAGUAGUAGCAACAGGAAAACUACCAGCUACAAUGGAAAUUUGGCCCCGGGCUGGCGUCGCUUAACCAACAACAAUGAGGUGGCCUACAUCAGCCCCUCGGGCAAAACGAUGCGCACGCAGUUCCAGAUCAAGGACUAUUUGCUCACUCAGGGUACCUGCAAGUGCGGCCUGCCGUGUCCGCUGCGCCCCGAAUACCUAUUCGACUUCAAUGCCCAGGUGCCCAACAUGCCUCUCAAGUUGCCAACGGAGGCGCCAACGUCGAUGCCAACACCUUGCCUGCAUCAGCGGCGAUUUCUUGAAUCUCAGCAGCUUCAGUUGCCACAACAACUGCAACAGCAACAGCAACACCUACAGCAUCAGCAGCAACAACAACAUGCUGUCAAAGAUGUAUCUGUAGCCGUGUCCGUAUCUGGGCCAGCAGCUGUCAGCGAAGUGUUCUCCACAUUGAUGACAUCGACAGCAAAAACGACGACAACGGCAACACCAACAGCGGCAACAUCCAUGCCAGCAGCAGCAACAUCACCAGCCCAAGCGGCAACAACCACCACAACACAUGAAUUAGCCAACAAAGACGCUGAUUGCCACAAAUACGGCAAUACCAAAUUACCUGCCUCGGUCCGGACCACGACCACGCCCACGCCCGCUCCAACGCCCACGCCGCCGCCGCUCCCGCUUCCGAGUGCGAUGCCAACUAGUCAAACAUUAACAUUGGGCGGAGCUCCAGUUGGCGGCCACCCCAAACGUCCAGCUGUGGGCCAUGUGAUAAAACAGCCCGCCACCGCUCUUGCGCCGCCGCCCACGCCACCGCCCACCCCCCUAAUCCAGCAGCAGCCCAACUUCAAGGACGAUCCCGCUGGCUAUCUGCAACAGCAAACAGCUCUGCUGCAUAACAGCCUGGGAGUCGGCUUGGAUGCGACCAAAACGUUGGCCGGAGCUUCUGCUGCAAGAUCUCUGCCACAAGAGCCCGUCGUCCACAGCUCCCAGCAACAACAACAGCAGCAACAGCUACAGCAGCAACAGCUGCAACAGUUACAGCGCCAGAAGAUCCGCCGCCUGUCAAUCUUUGGCAAAUGGGAAACGGAUCCAGAAUCUGUGGUUAAUUCGCAACCAGCUACUAGCGGUCGCUCCCUGCAAGUGGACACCGCUGCCUUUGCCCGACCCCAGAAACCGCAGAUAACCAGCGUAACAAUGGUGCCAGCGCCCCAAGAGUCACCGGUAUCGAGUAGUGCCGGCGAGGUGCUGGAGAAGCGACCCGAGCAGGUGGGCGCCAUAUCCACCAGUCACGAGAGUCCGCGACAGAGCCUCUCCUCACCCACGGACUCAGUUGACUCGGCCAAGAGCACGCCCUCCGCCUCGCCCAAGCCCCAGAUGCAUGUUCAGCUGCAGCCACAGCUGCUGCAGAUGCGCACGCAGACCCAGGCGAAUCUUGCAGCUCCAGCGCACGUAUCCGUGCCCGCUCAUGUGCGUGUGAUGCGCCAGCAGCAGGCGCAGAUCAUUCCCGGCCAGCGGCUGCCAGUGGCCAGCAGCAGUGCGGCAAUGGCCACGAUGACGAGGAGCAUAGUGACCUCCACGGCGGGCACGAGCACGAUCACCGGUCGGCCAGUGACCACCACGUUAACCAGCUCGAAUCCCACCGUUGCACAGCUGCAGACGAUGGCGAACGCUAUGGGUGGAGCUGGUGGGGGAGGGCAGUUGAUAAUGACGUCCUCGGGCCAACUGCUGGUCAUACCGACGCCCAGUAAGCAGACGGCGCAGCACCAUCGUCCCGGUCAGCACGGACAAGGGGUCAUCAUCCAGCAGCAGCAGCCGGCGGAGUUGCAUCCCCAGCCAGGAGGAGGCUAUAUUGUCAGCCAGCCCGCUCCGGUGGCGGCGGCCAGUUCCAGCAGCAGCAGCAGCAGUACUGUGAUCUUGAACUCCGGUGGGGCCAAGCUGUUGCACCACCAGAUCAUCACCUCGCAAGCCGGCCAGAUUAAUCAGGCGGCCGGAGGCGGGGCAGGAAAUCAACCGCAGACCGUGCUGCUCAAUACGCUGCCCAAUGGCGGCUACAUCGUCCAGCAGCAACAGCAAUCGCAGACGCUGCAGCAGGCGGAGCAGAGCCUGGCCAUGCCGCAGCCGCCGCCGGCGCAAACCCUGAUCAUCAGCUCGCCGGAUACGAAGCGGAGGGCGCGGAAACGCAAGAACUCCAUAUGCCACACACCGCCGCCGAGUGGCUCGCCCGCCAAAACCCUGUCGCCCCAGAUCUCGCCCAGCAUCCCCAGCCAGGCACCAGCUCUGCUCCACCAGCAGGCGGCGGCAGCGGCGGCGGCUGCUCCCCCCCAGUUCCAGCAGCAGUUCCAGCUGAGUCCUGGUAUCCAGGGCAUUGUGGUCAACAAGCCCAAUCCGCCGCAGGCCCAGCAGACACAGCAGCUGCUGCUGCAGAACGGCCAGAUUCUCCAGCAAGUGAAUCUCAUCGGACAGCAGCUUCUCAUGCCCGCCGGCCUGGUGAUGGGGCCGGAUGCUACUCUGUUGCAGAUCCAGAACAUGCCCACCACCAGUCUGAUGACGCCGCAGGGACCUGUGAUGCUGCGCACGCCAUCUCCGCAGAGCAAGCCGUCGUUCAUCUCGCCGAGCGCCGGCGGCCAGCAGUACUUGGUGGGUGCCAACGGGCAGUUGAGCCCCAUCGGGCAGAUCUACUCCACGCCCAUGGGUCUGGUGAUGCCGACUGGCCAGCAGGGAGGUGCCUCCUUCGUGCAGGCUAGUCCCACGACUACCACCAUCCAGAUUCAGCAGCAGCCAGCCCCGCAGCCCACCCAGAUCAGUUUGCAGCCGGCGCAGGCUACCUACAUGACGGAGUCGGCGAUGGGUCGUCAGGGAACGGCGGCCAGCCCGCCGGACACCACCACCUGCAGUCCACGGAGUCCGGAGCGACCUCCCAGCCAUCGGAGCAGUGGCAGCGAUAUGGUGCAAUGUGUGUCCAGUUCGGAACCGGAUGCAGCUGUAUCUCCACAAAGCGUGGAGAGCCGGCAGUCACCGUCUUCAACGGACUGUGAGAGGACCAUGUGCCACAACAAUCUGUUCACCCAGCCCAGUGGCAUAUACAAGCACUCGGAGCCCAAGAUCAGGCGCAUCCACAUCACCUCGCAGGCGGCGGCCGAGAACGGGAUUAGCCUGAUGCAGGGACAAGGUAUGCGACUGGCCACUUCUAACACGAACUCCACAUCCGCAUCCAUGACCAUAACAUCGUCAUCCUCGGCACCACUAACCACCACUGUGACGGCGGGUCACCGCCAGCUUGUGCAGCGCCAUCAGGCCUUGCAGCAGCAGCAGCAUCAGCAGCACACCCAAAGCAUCUCUAAAAGCCAUCCCAACACCUUCCUCCACAACCACAAAGUAGUUAGCGCUGACUACCAGGAGUCGCCCACAACGACGCAGCUGACAACUCCGAUCCAGGAUGCAGCACCACCACCCAGCAACGCCGAGAAGGCGGCGGUCCGGACGCUUACGAAGCGAUCGCGUCGUCCGCAGCGAGGGGCUGCCCGUGCCACGCCCCUCCUGUUGCCGCCGCGCUCCUUCGCCAUUGGGGAACUGAUCUGGGGUCCGGCCCGUGGCCAUCCCGCCUGGCCCGGGAAGAUCGUCAAGAUGCCCGACGGGGUGUGCACGCCGUCGCAGCAGUUCGACCACGUGUGGGUUCAGUGGUUCGGCGGCGGCGGUCGCUCCACCUCCGAACUGAUUCCGGUCAACUCGCUGCAGAGUCUCUCCGAGGGUCUGGAUGCACAUCACAAGGCCCAGAAGGACACGAGAAAGAGCCGCAAACUGAACUCGCAACUCGAGCGGGCCAUACAAGAAGCAAUGACUGAGUUGGAUAACAUUUCAGCCUCCUCGACUCCCGCAGCCACAUCCUCCUCAUCGCCAUCAGCCACCACUGCUGCUCUGCCAGCAUCGGGGCCAUCUGUAAUUGCCGGACAACAGCAGUAUCAGCAGCAUCAGCAGCAGCAGCAGCAGCAGCAGUCGCCCUCUUCAACGAACAACAAAAUAAAUGGACUCGCGCGGAGCAAGCGCCAGGCCAACACAAGUGGGGCCAGCAUGGUGCUGACCACCAGCACGGCGGCCACACUGAGUGGCCUCUUCAAUCAGCAGCGAGCCAAGCCCAUACGCAUAGCUCCGGCUCCACCCGUGGCCACAGCACCGGGCACCGGGCACAUGGGGGCGAUGCAAGGAGCUGGAGCGACUGCAGCCUCGACUGGGACGGGGAACGCUCUGGCCCGGGCCGAGAUCCUGAAGCUGGCCAAAUGACCAGUGCUGUCGACGAUGUCGUCGACAGUAAGCACAGCCAACUACACGCUCGUCAUCGGACACAAGUAGCGCCACGCAGGAGGCGAUGCCGCCGGGCCAUUCAAAUAGCUAUCCACAUACGAUACGAGUAUAGAGUUUAGUGUUAGAUGUCAGAUGUAUGAUGUCAGACAGAGUUUGUUGAUUUGUAUUCUUCUUUACCAGACUCUCACACGACUCCCCGCUUAGUUGCGUCGCUGGGCGGCGCGCGCCACACUUUCGAAAUAGACAAUAAAACAACAAGAUGAUGUUAAUGGAAAUCAAGUUACAAAGAGUUCUUACCAUAAGCGAUAGGUUUUGCUUCUUAGAAAUUUUGCAAAUGUUUGCGUUGUUUUGUAUAUAGUAAACACCCCAAGCUACAUAAUAUGUAUGUUAGUAUUAAGUAUUUAUUUAUCGCAUAUAGAUCCUUGGUUUUUAUAGGUUUUGUUUUCGUUGCAAUUUGUAGGUUUACCCAUUAUUUUUAUAAAUAGGUAGCUUAAGACUUAGCCACUAAGUUUAAAACCAAUUUAUUCAUAAAAGAAAAACAGAAAACGCGAAAAUGCGUUUAAUAAUUAAAUUUGCUUUUUCAAGCAAUCAACUUCAAAUCAAAAGCAGCUACUGGUUUUCGUUUAUUGCGUAUGCCCAAAAUGCUUUUUAAGCUCUAGGAGAACAAAUUAUUUAUGUCGAACACAAACAAACCCUGAGAAGCGACGAAAGUAUAAUGAGAGAAAUUAUAUUUAUAAAUUGUUAUUAUUUAUUUAGUUGAAACUAUUGUAAAAUUAUAAUUGUAAAACAAAAUACAAGAAACGAAAUCACACUUAGCGGAACCACACAAAACAAAUAAAAAUUGAAAAACCAGA